CUUCUCUCUCUCUCUCUCUCUCCAUUGUUUCAAAUCUUUAUGUUGUUUUCUUGCUUAUUUUCUUGAAUGUUAUAUGUGGGUUGGUAGUCUGAUGCCGUAAUCCAUCUGGGUUUUGUUGUUGGGAGGACCCUUUUUUGUUCGCAAUGUAUUUCAACCCUUUCUAUUUCUAAUUGGUUUUGCUUACUUCAGAUUCUACACUAUGGUGGGCUAUCUUAUUCCAAUGCAUGAAGCUAAUUUCAAGCUUAGAAAUGAGGAAGUGUGAUAAACUGAGAUUAAUUUAGGUGAGGUGCUUAAUGGUUUGGACAUAGUUUGGUCUCUUCUCAACGGAUAGCGUUUGUUUCAUAUUAGUUUCUCUGCAUCAAGUCCAAAUCUUGAAUGGUGUCCAAGAAAUCUAAAGGGUGAUGUUGUGUGAUAUUUGUGUUUAGCCUUACUCACACUUCUCAUUGAGUAGACUUUCGUGACAUAUAAACUACAUUUUCUUGUUAUAAGUAUGUCAAAAAUGGGGCUCCUUUCUUAUAAAUCCCUGUUCUGUUGGUUCUUGAUGACAUCUGUGUUGUUCAUGUUUUCUUGGUUCUUAGUGCUAAGAUCAACGGGCCGGUCUUAUUAUGUUGAUUUUGGUAUAUUACCAAACUCCAAGGUUCUUGGAAUUUGGGAAAAUGAGAAUCUUGAAGGAGCCCAUUUAAUCAGUUCGUCAACUGGUGAAGGAGUAAUCUGGAACAAGAAUUCAAUAAAAUGUGGUUCUGAUAGGCCGAUUCUCAAGGUUUUUAUGUAUGAUUUACCCCCAGAAUUUCAUUUUGGACUCUUGGGCUGGAAAGGUGAUGGGAAGAGCAUAUGGCCCGAUCUUCGUACUAAGGUUCCUGAGUACCCUGGUGGGUUAAAUUUGCAGCAUAGUAUAGAAUAUUGGCUGACUUUGGAUCUCUUGAACUCAGAAUUCUCUGAAAAUUUGAAAGGUCGUAGUGCAAAGCGAAUAUAUAAUUCUAGUGAAGCGGAUGUUGUGUUUGUUCCCUUUUUUGCAUCCCUAAGCUAUAACCGAGGUUCAAAGCUAAAGUCUGGCGAGAAAAGGAGUACUAAUGCUAUAUUACAGGAGAAGUUGGUCAAGUUCUUGAUAGCUCAGGAGGAAUGGAAGAGGUCUGCUGGGAAAGAUCACAUAAUUGUUGCUCACCAUCCAAAUAGCCUCUUAGAUGCAAGGAUGAAGCUGUGGCCUGCAAUGUUUAUUCUGUCAGAUUUUGGAAGGUAUCCUCCAAACAUAGCAAAUGUCGAGAAAGACGUGAUUGCGCCUUACAGGCAUGUCACUAGAAGUUAUGUGGAUGACACGUCUGAUUUCGAUAGUCGUCCAAUCUUGCUCUAUUUUCAAGGAUCCAUAUAUAGAAAAGAUGGUGGAACAGUUCGACAAGAAUUAUAUUAUAUGCUAAAAAAUGAAACGGAUGUUCACUUCUCGUUUGGAACUGUCCAAAAGGGUGGAAUUAGUCAAGCUUCUGAGGGCAUGCACUCGUCCAAAUUCUGCCUGAACAUAGCCGGCGACACUCCUUCAUCAAACCGUCUCUUUGAUGCUAUAGCCAGCCAUUGCGUACCCGUUAUUAUUAGUGAUGAAAUCGAGCUUCCUUAUGAAGACAUUCUUGACUAUGCUGAGUUCUGCAUAUUCGUCCGCACAUCCGAUGCUCUCAAAGAAAAAUUUCUCCUAAAUCUUAUCAGGAACAUCAGAAAAGAGAAAUGGACUAGGAUGUGGAAACGGCUGAAAGAAAUAGAGCACUUCUAUGAGUUUCAGUAUCCAUCCCAAGAGAAUGACGCGGUUCAGAUGAUAUGGCAAGCCAUUUCCCGGAAGGUUCCUGCUGCUAGAAGGAAAACCCAUAGAGACAGACGAUUUUAUCGAAUGAGUCUCCCUAGAGAAAGAGCGCUCAGGUCCGUUCCCUUGCCAAGAAAUUUUGGUUGAUAGAUCAUCCGACCUCUAAAACUUCAGAGGCACGGCCUCUAGCUUUCCACAGAGGCAACAACCACGAGCAAGAGAAAAUGGAGAAAGAAAGCAGAAAAUUGAGAAACGAAUUCCAGGUUUGGAAGGCUUGCCUUCACUCUAGAGAUAGUUGAUGAAUUUGUUCAGUGGUUCAGCCUUUGAGCUGCUUAGUGUUGUUGGUAGUUUCAGACAUAGUUUGUAGAUGGGAUGAGUUUGUCCCAGUAAGCAUUUCACUCACUGAGAGAUUCAGUAACUGUUUGUUGUACAUUUAACUGUAAAAAUGUUUCAAUCAUCUCAUUCCGGCAGACUUGAAAUUGCUAAAUUCCACAUUGUACUUCA